UUCGAGCGGGACAAGGGCAUGCCGCACAAUUAUAUCAACUGUUCCAUCACGCGCAGAGGAUCAAACGGGGCGUGGCAGAAGUUCGAGCGCGGCGAGAUUCCACUCUUUGUCUUCUACGAACAAUUCGGACGAGAUCUGUCAGAUACCGAGCGGGGAAACGUGUGGUACAGGGCCUAUUGCGAACGGAGGGGCAUAGAAUGUCCCAAACUUCCUGAUAAAUUGGACAUCGACGGAAGAGAGCUGUUUGGGCGCAUAAUGCAGCGGGCGAACUCCCUUGACGAACGGGUCGUGGAGGCGAUACGGCGUAUCCGAGCCGCCGGCCGAUGGAGAGUCAUCGCGUUGACGAACAACUGGGCGCGAAGCAACCCCGCGUCCCUCGGCGAGGGCCAGCCGGUGCCUGCAACAUACGCUCAUCUGAACCUUAGGGACGAAAUAGCGUUCCUGGGUUGGCAAGACGGCGCCGUGCCCGCCCGCGUUCGGAACAUGUUUGACGACUUUUGCGAUUCGAGCGAACUGGGCAUGCGGAAACCAGAGCCAGAAUUUUAUGUUCUAGCCUGCAAACGGAGUGGUAUCCAUCCGCACGAAGCCGUGUUCCUAGACGACCUAGGAAUAAAUUUGAAGGCGGCUCAGGCCCUUGGCAUGGAGACCAUCCAUGUUCCCCUGGGCGGGUCUUUAGGUGCCCUGAAGCAACUCGAGCAGAAGCUUGGCAUUGACCUCACGAGUGGAUACGAACCCAACGAGUUCACCCCGUCAAAACUCUAAGCGACAACAUUGGCACGCUGAAGGGAGCCUGGAACACACAUACGACAUGACGGCUGCUGAGGACGUGCAUCACCUAGGCACAGGAUGGUGAUAGGACUCUGGAGUACAUAUCACCGAAUCUAUAUGGUAUUAUUUGAUAGACACAGGAUUGUUGUUAGAAGGGCUUGUCGGACGCAGGGGUCUUGUCUUCGAAGUAGCUUCCCAACAGGGGAACGUUCACCAGGAAUGUCCGCUUAACCUUCGGAGUGACGGACAGGACAAAGAGGGCUGCAAUGCCUACGCCUGCACCCCAAAGCGCCAUGCUGGGUGCCCAUUUGCGGGCAAAC